GUCCGACUUCACUUCCUUGGCUGUACAGAAGCUGGGAGAGAGAGAGAGAGAGACGAGGAGAGGGAGGAGGAAGAGGAGGCAGCCCGCGCCCCCAGCCCCCAGCCAUGGGCCCCCAGCUGGCGCUCCUGGGCGCCGGCCCCGCGCGCCUCGCCCUGGGCUGCUGCUACUGUUGCCUGCUGCUCUUCGCCGCCUCCGCCUCCGCGACAGAAGGGCUCGGAAAGGGUUUUGGGGAUCACAUUCACUGGAGAACACUAGAAGAUGGAAAGAAUGAGGCAGCUGCCAGUGGGCUGCCCCUGAUGGUCAUCAUCCAUAAGUCCUGGUGUGGUGCCUGCAGAGCCUUAAAGCCUUUGUUUGCGGAGUCCAAGGAGAUCUCAGAACUUGCCCACAAUUUUAUUAUGGUCAAUCUUGAGGACGAAGAAGAGCCAAAAGAUGAAGCCUUUAGCCCCGAUGGCGGUUACAUUCCUAGGAUCCUUUUCCUGGAUCCCAGUGGCCAGGUGCGCCCUGAAAUCAUCAACAGCAAAGGAAACCCCAGCUACAAGUACUUCUACAUCAAUGCUGAGCAGGUGGUUGAGGGGAUGAAGGAAGCCCAGGAAAAGCUGACGGGUGACUCCUUCAAAAAAAAACAUCUAGAAGAUGAGCUAUGAUAGGCUGGGAGCUGAAAGCAGAGUGUGGGGAGGAAUCUUCUGGAAGAGACCAGGAGAUGGGGCUUGCACUGGAAGACCGGACCUGCCCUUCUGGGACAAGGCUCUGUCCUCUUGAGAAAAUCCAGCUCUCCCAUGCAGUUGCAUGUCCUGGGAUUCCUCCCCUCCUUCCCUACCACCUUUCUGCUAAUUUGCCUGUUUGGCCUGAGAAGGGGCAUUGGAUCGCCUUGUGGACGGGCCCUCACUACACUUCUCUCUUCCUGCCUGUCCUCCAUGCCUGACUCACAAGGGCAUUGAAAGUGUGGGCAGGAACAUCGACCUCGAGCAAACCAGCUCCUCGAUUUCUGUUUCCAAAGGUUGGUCAGUGGCUCUGGCCCCACGGGGAAACGGAAUAUUAGUUCCCUGCCCUUGACCUUCUUUCCUCCCGUCUCUCUCAUUUUCCCUGUUUGUUCCAAGAAUUAAGUGAACUCUGAAUCAGCUCCCCUUCCCCACUUCCCACCCUCAUCCCCAUUGUCAGUGUUUGAGCAAUGCCUCACCUUCUGUAGGCCCAUUCUGGUCAUUUCAUCACACUGUAUUUUUGUACUAGGAUUUGGAAAAUGACUUGUAGUUUAAUUAAACUUUUAAAUAAUGCUUUAAAAGAAA